CGUGGAUCCAAAACGAAGAUGGCGGCCGGAGGAGCAGAAGAACACUUUGCAAAGAAGUUGGCAAAUAACGAGAAGAAAAUCCGAGAUAGAGCCGUAAACAAGCUUCGUGCUUGGAUAAGAAGCCGACCAAAGGAUGGCCCAGGUAAACUGGUGUAUUGAAAAAAAUUGCUUACUUUAGGCCAAGGAGCAAUGAUUGAUUAAGCAGUAAGAUUUGUUGUAAUAAUUUCAUGCACUGCUUGUUUAUUGCCUUUGAAGUUGCCUCUGGACUCGCUGCUUUUCUUGUUUUUAAGGUUUUGGUGAGCUAGAUUUAAUGAAAGUGUGGAAGGGGCUUUUUUACUGUAUGUGGAUGUCAGAUAAACCUCUAAUCCAGGUACUGAGCUGUUUACUGUUAUCACAGGAAUAUGUAUUGCAGUUUGGCCUAGAAAUGAUUUUGUUCUGCACCGUUUCAGACCUUCCAACCCCCUAAACCAUGUAAAUCUGGAGUGUUUGAAAAAAAGCUCCCAAAAACCUGGAGAUUUCCAAAAUAUGUGUCAAAUAAAACCAAAAAGGCAGAUUAUUUUUGUCAGGGUAUUCUUUACCCAAUUAGUGGUCUCUAUUGUACUUUCUUGUUGCUGGUUUGGUAGUGAUGAGAAGAUUCUGUUUUACUAUCCAGGUUGAUAGGAUGGCCAGUAGCCAAGAAAGUAUGUUUAAUAUAUGGCUUUCCCACAGACCUUAGCAAACCUAUGUAAGGUUGGAAUUAGACUCAGGUCAGGCGUCCGCUCAAAAUUAGAUGGAUACAAUUAUUUCAUUGUGAAGAUGGUUUUUUUUUAAAUUACACAGUUCUUACCAGAAUUGUCUUGCAAUUGUAAGAUUUUUUGAUUCACUGUGAGAUUUGGAGGAUAAAUCCUGAGACCAUGAGUUGACUACCCAAACUAUGAGUCUUGUGGUCAAACUGUGAUAGUUGAAAGGUUUAGGAAGUCUGCCGUUUUAGUGUUCUUACCUGCUUGCAGCCUUGCGCGGCAACCUUGUUCCCAAGAUUUCCUCCUCCAUGUACCUGUGGCUUGCUCCAUAGGGACAGUUGGGAUAGAACCCUGGGGAUGAGAUUGUCGUGAGGGGUUCUUCAGGUGGAUACUUCAGAGAAUUCGAUGAAAGGGUAAGAAAACCUAUCCUUUAAGUAUCUGAAAGGGCCUGUGAUUAAAAAAGGGCUAUAUCAUUUUAAAUUUAUAUAGUAAAUGUUAAACAAUGAUGACAAGAAGACUUCCUUUUUGCAACUUAUAGGCAGGGUUCCACUGUAGGUAUGUCAUUUAAAGGCUUACUAUUUUUCAAUUAAAGGUAAAUGAAGGAGGCACAUUUCUGUUAAAAAUGGUAUAUAAAAGGGUUGUUGGGUAGCCCUCCUCACCCUGGUAGAAGUUCCCACAAAAAAUAUGAAAUUGUGCAUUUAAAGAAGUGUAUUAUUUAGAUUACUAUUUUCAGCCUUUAUGUAUUCCUUUCAUUGCAGGAGGAACUUGCUUUUAAUAUCUCUCAGCUUGUUCUGAGCUUUAGGAAUGAGCAAUCAGGUAUUUGAAAAACAAUCACAUUGUUCAAAUUGUUGUCCAUUUUCAAUGUAGUCUUAAUAAACUUGCUUCAAAUAAGCUAGCUAACUUUCAUUGCUUGUUUUGGAACUGUAAUCUUGUUAAGUUAAACAGUUUUUCUAGUAUGAAUUAAUGUUAAAUAGAAUACCUUUGCAUCAGAAAAUUCACCUACAUUUGCAUUAUGUUGGAGUUUUGCUGUUAAAAUUAGUGGUCUAAUUUAAACAUUCAUAAGGGUUAUUUGGAACAUUAAAAAUCACAAAAUAAUUUCUUUUGUUGAUUUUUAGCAAAAUUUAUCAUUUGUUUGAUUAUUUCAUUUUUAUCAGCUGUUUUGUUUAUCAAAACAUUUUUCAAAACAAUGGAAAGGGAAUGGCAUGGAAUAGACAGACUUAGACUGGACAAGUUUUAUUUGGUACGUUUUUCUGUAUAAUACGUUCAACUUAUAAUGGAAAGCUCUUUUAAAUGGACACCUCUCUUUGGCUGGGGUCUUGAAGUUCUCAGAUGCCUCCAGGGUUGUCACUAAGAUUUCAGGUUGCCAGGUAAAUACAACAAGUAGGCGGGGAAUCAAACAGCUGGGGAUUUCUUUUGGUUCUAUUUUUCUUCUUUUUUCCAAAAAAAGUAGCCGGGGGCCACUCUCUUAGUAGCCGGGGAAAAUCCCCGGCCCCCGGCUCUUGAUGACAACCCUGUGCCUCUGACAAUAUUGGUGUAAUAUUUUGAUCAGCCAACUUUAGUAUUAAAAAGUAAAUUAUAUUGUGAGCCCAGUUGAUGCACUGUUAGUUGCUAAGAUAACAAUGCCCUCCUAACACUCAGUUCUCUACUAAAAGUCAUGCUCUUGUUUGCAGCUGAUUCGUUUCCUUGUGAAAGGAACUUUUAAUUUUCUCAAGAAAACUGACUGGGAAGACAGGUACCAACAUGGUGUACAUCACUAUUGUGCUUUUGCAUAAACCAAGUAAGGGAGUUCUUUCAAAUAAACAACUUUGUCUCGUACUGUUUUAUUGUUGUAGGUGGGUCAUGGAGGUGAGCAGCAUUUUUCAUGAAGAGCCUUUGAAUCCUACGAGUCAAGCGGUAUGUGUAUUUUAAGAUUUCUAUGACAUUAUUACAAGUGUGAUCUUUAUUAUUAUUAUUAUUGUAAUUAUUACUACUACAUGAUCUUCUAGGUUCCUGACGGCAUAAGAUUCCAUACAGUGGCUGUGUACUUGGUUGAACUUAAGAGUGUUGCUAAUGACCAGGUGAAAAAGUCUUUUGAGUGCUCCAUAAAAAUGUUGACAGCUCUAAUUACUUUAAUUUUAGGUACUCAUGCUCUGUAGAGAAAAGAACACAAGAAAACUUCUGAUGUAUGAACAACCCCAAAGACAAAAAAGUGUAAAAAUUAUGAAAAUGUUCACUUAAAUGUGGGAUAUCAUAGUUGGGACAAGGACAUAGUAUACUCCACAAAAUAUUUUUGCAGAGAUGCCAACCUCUGGAAAUCUAAAAUCUGGAGACUCUUUGCUCUUUUUCCUGCUCUUUUUUGCUUCCCUCCCCAUUUGUAUCCUUUGCUAAGCAUUCACUAGGUUUCAUAUUGGUGGGAAAAGUUUCUGCAAAUACCCUGAGGACUGUGAAAUUAUUUUGAAAGGAAGUAUGGGUGGAUAGUGGAUCCAGAUUUUCAUUGUUAUACUACUACAUGAGAAAUUUCUGUAAUUUGAUUGGCUUACAGCAGUGGUAUUUCAGCUUAAUUUGAAAUACCUACUUGUGAAAAUUACAAACCUUCUAAGGGUAGUAGUAUAAACAAUUAAUAGCAUCAUUUGUACGUGAUAUUUGGCAUAAUUACCACUCGUGAUAUUUCGAAAUUGUCUCAAAUUACGUCAAACAAUUUUGAAAAUUAUAUCACUUGUAGUAUUUAUGCAAAAUAUCACUACAAAUCAUGCUAUUGCCUAUACUAAUUUUCUGGUCAACAUUAUGUGGUUUUUUGCUUUUUUUCUCUGGCUUGUUUGACAAAAUUAGGCACAUUCAGUUAUUGUUAGAAAAAUCAUUUCCCCCUGCACAAGUUAGGUUUCAAAGUCAUCCAUGACAGUUCAAAAUAAUAUGAAUCAUUACACAUAAUUCAAGGGAUGAGGAUCCCAUUGGGUAUAGUUUAGGAGUGAAUCAAUGAGUUAAUGUUUUGGAAUGCUUUUAAACAUUAAAGCUUGCAGGAUUUAGAAAUAACUUGUCUGUAAAACUGAAAUUUUUAACAUAAUGUUUUCUUGUUUUCAGGUCAGCUCUGAUGUGUUGCACAAGCUUUUGGAUCCACUGUUUCUUCUUGCAGCACAUUCAAAAAAGUAAAAAAUUAUGAUAAGUAAAGUGGAGUUUCACUUGUUCAGACAUUUUUAAUCUAGCCAGUGAACACCACCACCUCAUGUGGCUCCCCACCGCUUUGGACAUUAUUGUUAUGAGAGGGACAUUUGCAUUUUGAACUUUAAAUGCCCAUACUUGUGACAUGAAUCUGUCCAGAAUAUGGCAGGAGCACUCCUUACUUGAAUUUAAAAUGCUCUUGAAUGCAAAGUAAAAAGUUUCAAGUUUUCAAGUGGCAGACAAAAGAUAGGAGAUCGUACAAUGUUUCUUGUUUACUUAGGAAAACCUCCUAUUUUCCAUCUAAUAGUGUAAUAGGGUAUUGUCAUCAAACUGCCCUUUUUUUACACAGCAGUUAUUAGUCAGCAAAACUAGGGCUUGCUUUUAGCUGAGCUCCUGUGUAUGCCACAGCUGUCUAGUGAGAAAAUUGUAGCCAAUGUUGCUGGACAAAUCUUCAGUUGGAAAUAAUAAAAGUGUCGAUGUAAAAGACAUCAUACAUCUCUCGCAUAGUUAUUUAAUGAUCUUUCUUUCUGUAGUAAAACUGUCACCAACGCAGUUAAAAAAAGUUUGUUUGAGGAACUUUUUGUAAGUGAUGCAGAUGAAGCAGACAAGAGUGAAGGAAAUUUAAAGAACAAGGUUUGUAAAGGCUGCUAUGUACUAUCUCAGUGUUCUCUCCAGGAUUUUUAUAUGGGGAGCUCCAGGACCCCUUCCAUAGGUACCCUUGACUAGGGGCGCCGGAGGAAUGUACAGUGUAAGGGGAUCAAAGUAAUCUGUAUAUGACAAUGAUACAGCAUGGCUCUCAGAAAAACUUGAAUUCAAGCACGUCCUUUGGGCAAGCAGCUGUCACAUUGCUUGUAAACCGAAGGCAACUUCUUGUUUGUCUUGGGCAGCAUUCACAAGGAACCGGCACUUUGUCCACAGGGAACUGUUCAAUAGUUUUGCGCUGUUCACACGGAACUGUCAAACCGUUGUUUUUCCAAGCAAAGCAAGUAAUAACACGACUCGUAAAUCCGUGUUCGCAAUAUCUUCUCUUUUUGCAGCUGAGUAACAGCACAUCCAUGUGACCACGCCUUUGCUGUACAAAAAUUUAGCCAGUGACGGUGUUCACACCUUGCCACUCAAAUUUUUUACUGUAGCAGGCAAAACUUUGACAUCAAUUUUAGUGUUCAAAUUUUUGAAUGGUUGUAGCCAUUCCAAUUUUUGUACGGUUAGCAUGGUCCUAUGUGAAGAGAGUACCUAACCAUACGAAUUUUCAACUGGUUGAAAAUUUGACGGGUACCAUGUGAAUGCUGCCUUAGUUAAUGAUUUUGUUAGAGGAUGACUGGCCUGGACCCUUGCCCAAGAGUGAUCAACAUCAAUUUUCUCCUCAAACUAUCAAUACAUAAUGUAAAGAAAAAGUUAUGAGAAUGACUAAAAUGAUCACCUUAAGGAAAAUGCAUUGAUCUUUUAACAAAUUCUCUCAACUAGUUUUUCAAGGAAACAUAUAGAGAUCAGUACGGAGAAUUUCUAAGUGGAUAUUGGGGCUUAAGGGAUUAAAAAGCAACUUGCCCAGCAAGAGAAUGUGCUUGUCCCAGACUACCAGACUGGACUUUGUUCAAGCCCUGUACACAAUGCACUGUACUGUCAUUGACAACCCAGAAAAAUGCCAGAUGCUUAGUUACAUGUACUUUUCCCAUCUCCCCACUCACUUUAAAAAUUACUGACAUCCCUGUUCCUUAAUGUAUCAGGACGGCUGACGAGUUGUUAACUUUGAAUGUAUAUUUUUAUUCUAGGUUGAUUUUGCCUCAAUCGCUGACAGAUUAUUUACCUUAGCAAGUGAUAGGGAAAUUCUUGGUCGAAAUAGGAACCAGCUUUAUGACUGGGUUAAAAGGUGAGUUGUAAAGUUUUUCAGUCAGUCAGGAACAAGUUAUUCAUAUUUUUGAAAGUAGGGCCAAACUAGAUCACUACAGAUAUGUUUAACAUAGUUAAGUACAUAACUUGUCAGCUAAUUUAAUUCUCACUGGUACAAAAUAGAUGUGUAAAAUUUGUCAUUAUUAUAUAAAACCAGUUUACCAGGUCAUGCUCAAUAAAACUUGAUAUCUUCACAUGUGAAAAUAUUUUCUUCUCUCUGAUUCUACAUAAUAAAUCGCGCCUUUCACACCAAAAAAAACUAUUAAAGUGAAAAAUGGCAUUCGUUGGUUUUUUUGGUGUUUUAUAAUUUUUACAGGCUAAGGUGUUGAAAAAAACAAGAGGUAAGUUGAUUGAAUUUGAUUUGUCUUUUUGUAAUAUCCUCUAUUUAUUCUCUCUACGAACGUUCUGAUUCUUUUUUUUUUUUACUUGUUUUUACAGGCUAAGAAAGCAAACAAGAGGUAAGUUUAUUGAAUUUGACUUGUCUUUUGUAGUUUCAGUCUUCACGGACAUUACUGAAAGGGUGAAAAUGAAUUUGCAGUGAUGUCCAAGUUGUUUUUCCACUCAGGAUUUGCUGCAGUUGCCAACAGGCUGUACAGAAACUUUUUUCAAAAUCUUUCUUUCUUUUCCAAGGGCAGCAAUAUUAACUGUAGCUUAUAUUUUUUACCUAAGGAGUGAACUUGAUUUAUGUGUGCUUGGUUUUAACUAAAGAAACGUUUUGUUUUCUGGUCUAGGAGAAUGCAAGGAUGGAGAGCUUUUACAAGAAGGAGAAGCCUUACAAGGGAACACUGUGGGAUCAAAGGGAAAGACUGCUUCACGUGAAACUUCAGACAUCACAAAUAUUGAGGAUAGCAGCAGAAGGAAAAUAUGUCCAGGGAAAAAGAAACAAAGAGAAGAAAGAAGCAUGUUGAAGGAGAGGUUGAACAGGAAAAUGAUGUAG